UAACAGUCCUAAAUAACGCAGUGCAGCAGGCGACCUGCGCGCGCACCCGGACUUCUUCACACAAGUUUUCUGAAGCAAAAACAAUCUGCGGAUUUUGGAGACCAGGAUCUUAUGGGAGAAGAGAGCUCCGCGAAGCGCUUGCUCACGCCUGAAGGACGUCCGAAAGUGCGCACGCGUCUGUUUUUCACGCAUUUCUUUCAUGUAUUGGAAAAAUGAGAUUCUGGCCCCUCUGUCAGAGGGAAACCGAUUUUUAUCCGAAGGAAUUAAUAACGCAAAACAGGUGAUCCCUGCACGCACACACACACACGCACACACACACACAGACGCGCGCGCUCACGCACGCACGCGGUAUACCGGCAGCGUCACGUCGCGUGGACACCCGACACCGACACGCCGACACGCCGACAUGUCCCACUCCGACGGCGAGUCUCAGAGGUCGGUGAUGGAGAAAGAGGAACCGCGCUGCUCUCCCAGUCCUCCGUCCACGCCGUCCAUCUGCUCGCCCACAUCCAGCGCCUCCGCCUCGUCCGUCCCCUCCACCGGCAAGAACGUGUGCGCGAGCUGCGGCCUCGAGAUCCUCGACAGGUACCUGCUCAAGGUGAAUAACCUGAUGUGGCACGUGCGCUGCCUGGAGUGCUCAGUGUGCCGGACGUCACUCCGCCAACACAGCAGCUGCUACAUCAAGAACAAGGAGAUUUUCUGCAAAAUGGAUUAUUUCAGUAGGUUUGGUACUAAGUGUGCCCGCUGCGGGCGCCAGAUCUACGCCAGCGACUGGGUGAGGCGCGCUCGUGGGAACGCUUACCACCUGGCCUGCUUCGCCUGCUUCUCUUGCAAACGGCAGCUUUCCACCGGAGAGGAGUUCGGCCUGGUGGAGGAGAAGGUGCUGUGCAGGAUCCACUAUGACACCAUGGUGGAGAACCUGAAGAGGGCUGCUGAGAGUGGAAGUGGCCUCACGCUGGAAGGAGCCGUUCCGUCAGAGCAGGACAGUCAGCCCAAACCAGCUAAACGCGCUCGCACCUCCUUCACCGCUGAGCAGCUGCAGGUGAUGCAGGCUCAGUUUGCACAGGAUAACAACCCUGACGCUCAGACGCUGCAGAAGCUGGCCGACAUGACGGGGCUGAGCAGACGAGUCAUACAGGUUUGGUUUCAGAACUGUCGAGCGAGACACAAAAAGCACACACCGCAGCACGGCGGCCCUCCGCAGGCCCACCCGCAGGCCCGCAUGCCCCCCUCGUUGCCUGAUGAGCUUCAUUACUCGCCCUUCGGCAGCCCGGAGAGAGCGCGCAUGGUGGCUCUGCGCGGCUACAUCGACAGUCAUCCUUUCUCGGUGCUGACCACACAGAGUCUCCCCCACCAGGCCAUGUCUCUGCCGCAGCUGCCCCUCAGCCGCUAACGACCCCGCCACAUUGACCCCUGACCCCUCGACCCUGACCUCCCGCUCCUGACUUCCGUCCGCUCUUCAGAGGUCGCCUCUAGCUGAACGACAGGGUCAGCGUCCCCGCGUGCUCUUGACCUCUGACCUCACCAGGAGAGGGGGCGUUUCUUCCUGCCUUUCAGUGGACAGGAUUUUCCUCACCUGCAGGCGAGUCUCACACACCUGUGAUCCGUUAGCGGUGGCCCAGAACCUCGUUAUCAAGACCAGGAUUUGGACCUCGACCACGCACACCGAAGAGUGGCCAUGAGUUUGAGUUUGAGUUGGACCGCUCGGAAACAUUCGGAGAACCUUCACGGUUCUUACUGCAGGAUUAGGACAAAAGUCAUGAGAACUGUGGAGCGAGACGUGGAACACGGCGGGAAGUUUCAGCUUCGUGUCACGCUUUUAAAAAAAUACUGAAAAACAAAACAACAAUAACAACAACAUAAAAAAAAUCUAUCAGUGAUUAUUUGUCGAGUUUCUUGCUGGACCUGUGCGUUUGUUCCCAAGUGUUUACAUGGAUCUAUUGCACAGACUGCAUGUGCCAUCUCUCUCUCUCUCUUUCUCUCUGUCACUGUCUCGCUCUCUCUCACUCUUUCUUUCUAUCUAUCUCCCUUUCUAUAUCUCUACAUUUCUAUAUCUCUCUCCUUUUAUAUCCAUCUUUCUCUCUCUCUUUUUCUCCGUCUCUCUUUCUCUCCCUCUCUCUCCCUCUCUCUUGGAUGGAUUUAUCAGCGAUAAAACCGCUUUUGUCGCCUGCUAACAUCUGCGUCUCCGUCUGCUCGGUCAGGCGAAACCCACAGAUCCUGUUUGCAGCCUGGACACACACACUGAUCUGGACACACGUUCACCAGACACCACAGUUGUGACGGAGGAGAGGGGCGAUACGAUGAGGAGGAGGACGAAAAAACCCCGACGAUCUCGAUACUUGAAGACGCUUUUCGGAUUUCAGAGUAAACGAUGCGUGUCGUCAUUUCAUACUUAGACUCUGAAGUGAAGUGCAGAGCCACGAGACGAAAAGUGAGAACUCUAAUCCAAUUAUUUUGAAAAAAAAAACGGUAUAGAAUUGGUUUAGAAUAGCAGCCUGCUUAUUACUGUGAGUCAUAAUGGAGUCAGUCAGUGUUAUAAACGUCUCACGAGAUUCUCACUGUGUCUCAGAAAAUAAAAAAAACAAAAAACCAUACUUCCACAUUGGCUGAGUUUAGGUGAGAGAGACGUUUAUCUGAAACGCCGUUUUGUUUCUGAUCAAAUUGUGAAGCGGACAGUAGGAGGAGACGAAGAGAAAAUCGAGUACAUGUAAAGAAAAAGAAAAAAACCUACACAUAUUUUUUAUUUAAGUCGUGUCCUGCCGUGAAAUGGGAGCAGAUGUGUGUGUGUGUGUGUGUGUAUGCGUGUGUGUGUGUGUUUGUAUGUUUCUCUGAUUUUUGUGUCAUGCCAUGUUAGCUUGUGCCUCACUUCCUGCGGUGUGUAAGGUGAGCGUGCGGCUCGGCCCAGUCUCGGACUCGGACUGAUUUGGGCCAAAAAAAUAAAAAUAAAAAUAAAAACAAACAAACAAACAAACAAAAAAAAGCUGUAGCUGUCACUAAACUGUAUAAUUGUAUUGCGGAGUACGCUUGUGUGUUUUGAGCUCAGUGGUGGAGGAGGAUGAGGAUGAGGACGAGGAUGAAGACGAGGCCUGGACAUUCUUGUAUUUAUUGAAACCGAUAUUAGCCUGUAAAGCACUUUUCCCCUUGUCCUGUUGUCUGUUUUGUAAAAUUGAAAUAAAUAAAAGGAGUAAAUGACAUUAAACCUGGUGUCUGAGUGUU